AGAUACUAACCUUUCCCGCCAUUUUGUAUGAGUUAUGGCUUGGUGGCUGUAGAGCUGCUGCGCACAUUUGCAUGUAAAACUAAUCACCUUCUAUAUGAUGCGCUUAAUGCAUAAAUUUAGGUAUGACUAUAUAGUUAUAUGUAUGACACCUCUAUGACGCCUGACAGUAGAGUUCCCGCGAUGACAUUUAAAUGGCAUGUCAUGGUAACAAAACAACGGUUCCCGCGUUUCUGCUGCAUCGGGUUUAUGGAUUCAGUAACACAAAAGCUACACGGGGUAGUAAUGGGGAGGGGAAUUAGCCCCUAAACUCAUCGAUUGACAAUUCAUAAUUUUUUUAAAAAAGAAAAGCAGCUCUGUUAGGACUUCAGUUUUUUUUCGCCUGCUUCUUAUUAGAAAAAAAUAACAAUGGACGUGUUGUCAUUAAUUGCGCGGGAUUUGAGGCCGUUUUUCAUUGUUUAUGAAUUUGUCAUCAUUAAGCCUUCUUUUUUUUAAAUGCUGGCGAGAUACGCAUUUUGAUCGGUAUCGAUUAUUUAAAGUAAGCUUUCAAACGUCUAAUACAAUGGCUGUUUAAGCAUCAUUUCUCUGUCUGCAAUUGUUAUUUCGUCUUCCAAAGCGAUUUUUAUCUAUUGCUGAGCGAUAUUUGUGGACUUGUAAACAAUUGGCGAAGCGAAGUAUGUUUUCUAAUAAAGAUGGCCUCCCAUUCCGGCAUCAGAAUAUGUCACUCUCUACUGAAUAUGAUUAUCAACAGGCCAUGGCACAGCAUGCUGCAGCUGUCAAUGCAGCGAACAGUUCAUCUUUACAUUCUGCUAUGGCUCAAAUUCCAUCACUUCCAGCUGCUUUAAAUCUUAGUGUGAACUCAGUGAAUCAAGGCUAUUCCUCUUCUGGUUUAGGUUCAUCUUUAGGCAACAAUAAUGCUGCCUACCAUUAUUCAUAUGGGUCUCUGGGAUCUUCAGGUGGUGGUAGUGGUAAUAGUGUUGUUGGACAACAUCAUGUAGGACAUGUUGGACAUCACCAUGCUGGUGGUGGAAAAUCAAAAAAGAAAUAUAAACUAAAUAAAGAUGGUAUUCCUCCUCCUAAAAGGGCAACUACUGCUUAUAUACAUUUCACUCAGUGGUAUAGGGAAGAAUUAAAAAGGAGUGGUCGUGAAAUUCCUAAAAUUGGAGAGUUUGGCAAAGAAUGUGCUGCAAAAUGGAAUGCCAUGAAUGAAGAACAAAAGGAACCAUUUUUGGAGUCUGCAGGCAGGGACAGAGAACGAUACAAGCGUGAGAUGUCAAUAUACAAACCAGCUAGGGAUGCAAAUAAACCAAAACGACCUGGAACUGCAUUUAUGAUAUUCAUGGCUGAUUUCAGGAAAGAAAUGGCUGGCAAAGAACCUGAAGGUGGUGUUGCAGCUAUGGCAAAACUAGGUGGUGAAAGGUGGAGAGGUAUGACCGAUGAUGAUAAACAGCCUUAUGUAGAACAGCAAUUAGAAGCAAAACUUCGAUAUGAGCACUCCAUGGAAGAAUAUAGGAGAACUCAAAAUUUAGAAGCUCAAGCUCAGGCAGCUAAAGCGAGAGCUGCUGCUGAAGAGGAAAAUAGAAGUAGUCCUGAUAAUUUUAAUAUGUGUCAAGGAAAUUCUCAACAACAACAGCAGCAGCAACAACAACAGCAGCAGCAGCAACAACAGCAGCAGCAGCAACAACAACAGCAGCAACAACAACAGCAGCAACAACAACAACAAAUGACUCGUUCACAGCCGACACCUCCUUCUGGAUGUUCUACUCCAGCAUCCACUGCCUCUUCGCCGGCUGCACAAGAUCUCAGUUCCAGCCCAUCUGGCAUGAAUGCACCUGCUUCUUCUGUGGCUUCCACUUCUGGGGCAAACGUUGGUCCUCUGCCUUCGUUCUCCACUUCACUUGCACUGUCUCAUCCUGGCCUUUCUAAUCCUCAUGCCACAUCACUGGCCAUGACAUAUGCACAGUAUUCUCUUCCUAGCUUUGCCCAUGCAGGAGUAUUGGCUGCUAAUUAUACUCAAGCUCAUACCCACACAACAACAACUGCAGCCGCCCACAUGCCAACCUCCAGUUCUACUUACAGCCAACCACAGGCCCAUAUGCAAGACCCCUACAGGUGGAGUUAAGCAUUUGUAAAAUGUUAAUUCUUGCAUAGGUCAUGGCUGGAUAUCUGGAAGGCGGCAUGUAAAUCACAUGGCAAUCUGCGAUGCAGAUCUCGGGAAGAGAAUUGCAAUCAAACAUUUCCUUUUUAAGAAAAAAAAUAAAUAAAUAAAUUCACACUCAACAAAUUUUUGAGUCAGCUUUUUCAGGCAGUACCUGUGAUGUCGGUUCCAUGUGCACAGUAUUUCUCGUACCCUAGUCUGCGCCUUUUUAAGAUAAAAUGACAGACAUCGUGUUUUGAAAGAGGGAAAAAUUACUAAAAUCUUUAUAUUUGACUCAUAUCACUAAAAAAGAUCUGAAAAUCAGAUUUUAAAACUCUUUGUUAUUGAAUUUUUGUGGUAAAAUGUUUGAAAGGUGAACAAACAAAGUUAUAAAAAAGAGCAUGCCAAGCAUAAUUUAAAUCAUCUAAAUACAUUUAUUUAUAAUGUUCAUUAUUUGAGCAUCAUUUUUCACUUUUUUAAAAUG